UAUCAUUAGUGGAGCAGUGCUGAAGCCUCUUUGUUGUGGCAUUCGCUGAGUGGUACAUCACCAAUCGGAGGCGGAAUUCUGCUCUUCUCAGUGGCCAGCCUUGCGCAGUAUUUACUUUCGAUAGCAUACGCAGCUUCUUUGAAGUCUAUUUGACAAAUCGUCAAUCAUCACUGAUUGCACUAGCAGCAUGAAUUAACUUCACUCUUUGAGGCCUAUCUAUUAAAUUGAAACUCUCUACUGCUCGUCUCUCUAGACACAAAAGCUCGAGCUUCACCAUUGGCAGCGCAAAUGGAGCUACAAUACGAAGCUCUUGACCGUGAUAGCUCCGAGAUCCGACUCAUUACCAUACCGCCUGGCCAGACUACCGACGACAUCCGCUUUCGCUUAUGGCACGCUCCCUUACAGAAGCCUGUCUUACAGGCCAGCACCAGACUAGGUCUUGAGCAGCUACAGAAAACGCUUCCACUUGGCUGGACCGUGGCAGAAACUCAUCAAUACAAGUACAGCUACAUAUUUGAGCACGACGAUACAGAGAACACUCAGUGGAUCCACCCAGAUCCCAACUGUAACCCGAGCCUUUGGGCUCCAGCCUUAGAGUCGCCGCCUGCGGACUUUGAACCACAAUUCGAAUCACUGUCCUACACCUGGGGUUCCGGGAAACCUGCUGAAACUGCUUUUGUUGAGUACAGUGGCACGGAGACUUCGCGCACCUCGAAUACUUGGAUACUCCCCCUUGGUCAGAAUCUCGCCCAGGCACUGCGACAUCUGCGUCGACCUGACGCAGAUCGAACUCUAUGGGUCGAUGCGAUCUGUAUCAACCAGAAGGACAUACCAGAGCGUGAAUAUCAAGUCAGGAAAAUGUCCUUACUGUAUCAAUUGGCACGGAGAGUGGUUGUAUGGCUCGGGCCACAAUCUAGCGACAGCGAUAUUGCCGUUUCUUCCUUACAGUAUAUCGGCAGCCAAAUCGAAAUUGGACGCAAUAGAGCUCGAUUCCGUGCGCCUGGAGCUAUCGAGGCCGAAUGGUUUCGCGCUACAACCCCCUUAUCUCUGACCAAGAAAGCCUGGACAGCAGUUGACAACCUGUUUCAGCGCCCUUGGUUUGAACGUCUUUGGAUCUGGCAAGAAAUCCAGCUUGCGAAUUCUAAUGCAAUCGUGGUCUGUGGCAAUCACGAGAUGCUUUGGCAGCAGCUUAGAAAAGCGAUAAUCUGCCUUCUCACUAAGCAGCAGUUACCCACGCAACAGUUGCGUACGAGACUGGGUGACAUCGACCCUCUCACCAUCGAACGGUACAGUGGAUCUUUCAAUCUCUUGAUCAAUAUCAGCCGCAUGCGAAAAUGCUUCGACCCACGAGACAAGAUCUACGGAAUGCUCAGUAUCUGUGGAGUAAAACUUGGAAGCAAGAUUGAAACGUCAUACAAGAAAGACGUGAAAGAUGUCUACAAAGACGUUUUCUUGCAGUAUGCAAACCAAGUUGAGAGACUAGAUCUCCUCUCAGGCUGUGACUCAGCGUUGCAGUUGGAAGACAGUCCGUCUUGGGUACCUAAUUGGACCAUACCUCGAGAGACGUGGCCCUUGUACGGUUUCAGCUUCGCGAGCGGUAUUUCCAAGUCUUCAUUACGGUUCCAAGCUCCGGAUAUCUUAGAAGUUGAGGGUGUUCGGUUUGCACGCAUUGAGAGAGUGACAGAAAGAGCGCCCCUAGAGUCUCCGGGUACGUUGGACAUGGUGAGGACUUGGGAAAUGCCUGAUCUCCAGACCGGCAUCUACGUCGCUGGUGGAAGUCUUCUAGACGCAUAUUGCACCACAAUACGCGCCGGCUACUUCGAUGAGCGGUGGCCGACUGUCAAGGCGCCGUCAUUGGAAGAGUGGAAAGAUCAGUACCUGAAUCGGAUAUCCCCUAGACGCACAGACCAGUCAAACGAAGACUGCGAACUAGAUGCCGAUAUUGAUUGGAUGUUGAAGAUGGUUCGAGGCAGAACUUUUAUGACGAUGGAAGAGGGAUACAUUGGAAUUGGACCACCGGAAGCAACAUCAGGAGAUUACAUAUGCGUGCUCUUAGGCAGCAAAACCCCCAUGGUAUUGCGACCUCUACAUGAUGGCAGCGGAUUUCGCGUCAUAGGCGAAUGCUAUGUGCAUGGUCUGGAUGACUGCGUCACCCUCCUUGGCACUUUACCAUCAAACGUGAGGGUUCAACUCGAUAAGAUGCAAUCAGGGUACAGCGCUGUACCCACGUAUCUAAAUCUCGAUUCUGGCGUUGUCUCUUCAGAAGAUCCUCGACUACAGUCAUCGAACGAGACAGAUGAAUGGGAAAGAAUCCCUCACCAAUGGGAUGCAGACGAUCCUGCUCUCUUCGAAUAUUGGAGGAACAAACGGACUGGAGUUGUUCUAAACUCUGAUCCGAGGCUCUCGCCAGCUGCUUUGAGACAGAGGGGUGUGACUUUACAGACUUUCAAGCUUCGAUAAGCAUACAGGCAUGCGUAAGGCAUUUCUAGCAUUCAUGAAAUGAUUGCGCAGGCCACUGAUGUCACAGAAAGCGAGUACAUAGUUGAGUGAUUACAGGAUCCAUAUGUCAUGAC